GCACGGGGGAGACGAAAUACGAUGAGUUCAUCGAGAAGAACGAGGCCUUCCUCUACGUUUUUCGUGGUGGAAUUGAAGUUUCGAACAACGGUAUCGACCCUAGGGUGGUCAAGGCCGGCGAAUGCUUGAUUCUAAGCGGAGGAAAGUCCUUCCAGUUUCGAUUCUCUGAAGACAACAUUGCGCUCCUUUUGAAAAGCACAACCCCCCAUGAUUGUUAA